CCCUCAUCCAAAAACGAAAAGAAAAGAAAAUCUCACACUACUCACUGUAAACUCAUCCAUAUUAUCAAUAUCCACCCUCUCUUUCUGUGUAGUUUCAUCUUCUCCUUCUUGUUUUCUUAAUGGGAUGCUGAUGGACCAGAACAACAACACCAACCUUAACACUACCAACAACAACACCAACAACGAUGUGAUCAUCGCACCGUUCAUAAUGAAGACUUACCACAUGGUGAACGAUCCCACCACCGAUAACCUCAUCAAGUGGGGCCCAGCUAACAACAGCUUCAUCGUCCUCGACCCUCUUGAUUUCUCUCACUCUCUCCUCCCUGCUUUCUUCAAGCACAAUAAUUUCUCAAGCUUCGUUCGCCAGCUCAACACCUAUGGUUUCAGAAAGGUGGAUCCUGAUCGGUGGGAGUUUGCAAACGAGUGGUUCCUUCGUGGGCAGAAGCAUUUGUUGAAGAAUAUCACACGGCGGAAGCACGGUGGUGGCGGUGGUGGCGGUGGCGGUGGAAGGAAUGGUCAUGGUCAUGGCCAUGGCUAUGAUCAUUAUGGUUCGCAUUUGGACUUGGAAGAUGAUGUUAUGGUGAUGGAGAUUGCGAAGCUGAAGGAGGAGCAGAAAGCUUUGGAUGCAGAGCUUCAAGGGAUGAACAAGAGGUUGGAGACGACGGAGAAACGACCGCAGCAGAUGAUGGCUUUUCUCAGCAAUGUCGUCGAGGAUCCUCAGAUUCUCUCGAGGAUACUUCUCGAGAGGGAGAGGAAGCAGCAGCAGCUCGCUGACAACAAGAAGCGCCGCCUCAUACCGCCAACGACGGCGGCCUCUUCUUCCUCCUCCUCCGGCUUGGCGGUGACCAAUUCCGUCAAGACGGAGUUCGAGGAAGACGAGGCGACGGUCGGUAACGUGAUGUCCUCCUCGCCGGAGACAGGUUUUGAAAUUGAAAACUCUCGCCGGGUGGCGGCGCCGCCGCCGGAUUGGUGGGGGCAGAGGCGGGAUGGCCAGCAGGGUUAUUAUGAUUGUGUUGCCGCUCCGACGCCGUUGACGGUGGUGUCUCCGCCGGCGAUGGGAGGAGCAUUUUUAGGGUGGGAAGAUAGGGAGAGCAUGGGGCGUGUGAGCAUAAUUAGUGAAAUGGCGGCGGAGAAUAGUUCGCUGCCACCUUGUCCGUUUUCGCUAUUGGAAGGUUAUGGUGUUAGUACUUCUUCCCAAUACUGAUUUUUAGACAUCACCUCUUCCUAGCUUCAAUUCACUUUAUUUUUCUCCUUGUGGUAUCUACCCUUUACUUCCACUAGAUUUUCUCUUGGAUUUUAUUCUAUGUAUUAAAAAUAUAUUCUUCACUACUUUUUUUUCUCACUUUCUUUGUAUAUACUUUGUGAGAUUUUUUCUCUCCUCUUCAAGAAUUGAAUGAAAAGAGGAAAACAUGACAAUAAAUUUAAUUGUUGGUGAA